AUGGCCACCACCACUAUCACCGAGACUCGAGGCACUGUCGCCGAUUACGACAGCGAUGUCUACAACACCGUAAACCACACACUCUUCAUUGCCUGUCAGAAGGCCGAAGAACGUAACAUCCAGCCAGUCAUCAACACAGCCGUUCGCGACAUCUUCCUCAAGCACAACGUGGAAGAGGACUACAGCGCAUGCCUCAUCCACCGCCACUACGACCUGGCCGCCGACGAGCGUAACGUCGAGGCAGACGGAAAGGCCGUCGCCUCCAAGGAUUUCACAGGUCUCUACCCUUCCAGCUGGAUCUUCUACAAAGGCACGUGCUACCCUUACGAGUACAAGAGAUACGUUGUUCCACAGCCUUCGCCAGCAUUUGUCGCAGACUUGGGAGACCUUUUGGAGGAGAAGGGUCUCACUGAUUUGGUUGGAUUCCAGACGUACACGAAUGGGAUAGUGGGGCUUGAGAGCACAGAUCGCGAGACCAAUGUGAGCACGACUGUCGACCAGGAUGAGAAGCUUCCUGUCCCAGAGGGGAUGGCGCCUGCAUCUUGGGCAUUUUUCCGUGUGUAA